GGUCUUUGCUUAGCGUAUUUGAAGAAGAUGCAGGAACCCUUACCGAAUAUACCAACCAGCUGCUUCAGGCAAUGCAGCGUGUCUAUGGUGCUCAGAAUGAAAUGUGUCUUGCCACACAACAGCUUUCCAAGCAGCUCCUUGCCUAUGAAAAACAGCAUUUUGCCUUAGGUAAAGGAGAUGAAGAAGUGAUAUCCACCCUUCAUUACUUUUCAAAAGUUGUGGAUGAGCUCAAUAUUCUCCAUUCUGAGCUGGCAAAACAACUUGCAGAUACGAUGGUUCUCCCAGUAAUACAAUUUCGGGAAAAGGAUCUCACAGAAGUAAGCACACUGAAGGAUCUUUUUGGCCUUGCCAGCAAUGAACAUGACGUGUCCAUGGCAAAGUAUAGCAGGUUACCGAAAAGGAAAGAAAAUGAAAAGCUGAAGGCAGAAGUGGCCAAAGAAGUGGCAAAUGCAAGGAGAAAGCAGCACCUUUCAUCUCUGCAAUAUUAUUGUGCCCUGAAUGCUCUGCAGUACAGGAAGAGAGUAGCAAUGAUGGAGCCUAUGCUAGGAUAUGCACGAGGACAGAUCAACUUUUUUAAGAAGGGCGCAGAGAUGUUUUCCAAAAGGAUGGAUAGCUUCUUGUCUUCUGUUUCAGACAUGGUUCAAAGCAUACAGGGAGAGUUGGAUGCUGAAGCUGAAGCAAUGAGGGUGUCACAGCAAGACUUAAUUUCAGUUAAUGAAUCUGUUUACACCCCAGACUCUGAUGUAACUUCACCUGCUAUCAAUAGGAAUCUCAUCCAGAAGGCUGGCUACCUUAACCUAAGAAAUAAAACAGGUCUGGUGACGACCACGUGGGAAAGGCUGUAUUUCUUCACGCAAGGUGGCAACUUGAUGUGUCAGCCCCGGGGAGCUGUGGCAGGAGGAUUGAUUCAGGAUCUGGACAACUGCUCCGUUAUGGCUGUGGACUGUGAAGACAGAAGAUACUGCUUCCAGAUCACCACUCCUACAGGCAAACCGGGGAUAACUCUUCAAGCAGAAAGCAAGAAGGAGUAUGAGGAGUGGAUAUGUGCCAUCAACAACAUCUCCCGGCAGAUCUAUCUCACCGACAAUCCGGAGGCAGCUGCUAUCAAGUUAAAUCAGACAGCCCUGCAAGCAGUGACUCCCAUUACCAGCCUGGGGAGGAAACACGAGGUGCAGCAUYCCAGCCAGAAUGUAAAGAAUAURGCAAAUGAUAAAAUAGCUCCCCAUGAAACUGGCGUUCAAGACUCAACACAACUCAUUGCUCCUGGAACCCCCAUUCAGUUUGACAUUGUGCUGCCUGCCACAGAGUUCCUGGAUCAGAACAGAGGUGGCAGGCGUGCAAACCCGUUUGGGGAAUCUGAAGACAGCAGUAACGGUGAAGAGGAAGACUCCCUCUUGCAGCAGAUGUUCAUAGUGCGGUUUUUGGGAUCGAUGGCCGUUCAGUCAGAUGACACAAGCGAGGUGAUCUACGAAGCCAUGAGACAAGUGUUAGCUGCUCGAGCCAUUCACAACAUCUUCCGUAUGACCGAGUCCCAUCUUCUGGUCACCAGCAAGAACUUGAGGUUAAUAGAUCCUCAAACCCAAGUUACGCGAACAAGUUUCGACCUCGCCAGCGUGACGCAGUUCGCGGCCCAUCAGGACAACAAGCGGCUGAUCGGUUUUGUGGUCCGUCCCAGUGACGCCCUGGGAGAAGAAUCCCUGAGCGCCUAUGUUUUUGAGAGCAACACGGAAGGGGAAAAGAUUUGCUAUGCCAUCAGCUUGGGAAAAGAAAUCAUUGAGGCACAGAAGGACCCGGAAGCACUAGCCCAGCUAAUGAAGUCGGUGCCAUUAACAAACGAUGGGAAGUUCGUGCUCCUAAACGAUCCGUCAGAAGAGGAUGGGACCGCUGGCGCAGAAGCGGAGGAGUCGGAGGCGUAAGAAGCACCACAGCAGCACCCCUCAAACCUGUCAUUAUUUCCCACCGCCUCUGUGGGAGCAGGAAAAGCAGGGAGUCUUUUUGCAAGAAUCCCUGCUUUUUUUCUCAUCCGUGCACACCCUGGGCCAGCUUCUGCCRUCCUGCUAGGGAGAACGUGGCAGCUUGGCAGGGGCUUUGCUCCGGCCUUGGGAGGCAGCAAAAGCAGGACUCGUGGUGCCGCGAGGCUGCGCCGGGGAAGCCGCCAGGCUUGGGGAAGGCUCCAGCGCCGGCCCCGGCGCUGCCGGGGGAAGCUGAGCACAGCUCUGAGCCCCCAAGGCUUUCGUGGCACCGCUUCCCGGAGAACUGCAAGCGGCCGGCACCGGCAGCAGCGUGCGCCGGGAGCUGCCAGCUCCUUCCAAAAUAAUAUUAAUAAUUGGGACCUCCCUUUCCUGCCCCGGGCAUCAGUUUUCAUAGCUCACGUGAUGAUGUACAGCUGAAUGAAGGUUUUAAAAAAAUGCACUAUUUACUUUAUUUUCAGAUGAAGUUAUUUUUAGUCUAGUCUGAGUGUAACAAGAUUUAUCUUUUGUGCUAGCCUAUUGACAAAACAAUUUGUUAAACACUAAAUUUUUCCUAUUAAUAUAAUCUAUUUUUAUAUGGCAUCUGGAAUAAGCUUACAAAACAAAUUUCAAGUGCCUACUCUUACCUUCCUGGGGACCACGCUCACAUUCUGGAAUUAAAUAAUGGAUAGAAUGUAAYGGACCUUCUUGAUUUACUGUUCUAAACACCACUGAUCCGCAGACAUCAAGAGUUGCCCACAGCGGCGGCACGUUAGCUGCGUGCAGCUUUUAUAGGGUUAGGUUUCUUCAGAGAGUUAAGCUGACAGAGGGGUGACAAUUGUAGAGCAAAUACCUACUUUUAUAGAGUUGUAUGUUUAACAUUAUGGUGACAAAAUACAGGAGCAAUCUUCAGUUUUAGAAAGCUGAGCAAUAAAAUGCUAGUUUAUAAAUCUGUGGCGCAUUGAGCAGUGUCCCACUGCAUUCCUAAAAGGAGGCACUCUGGUUAGCUGGUAAGUUUAGAUUUUUUUUCCAGUUUAACUUUGCAAAACCAAGCAAAAAUAGACAGAACGUGGAAGAGAGGGGACCGACGGGGAAGACAGCAAUUGCAAGGGUUUUAUUUAUCACGUAAAAGUAACUGGAACAAAAGGCUGUAAUUCCUCAAAUGAUUUUAAUUCUUCUCGAGCAUUUGCUAGGAARGAGUUUCUGUAGGCGGGAUCUCUGCUUUCCAAAAGAUCUGUUUGCAAGUGUUGGACAUGGAGUAAGUUCAAGUAACUAGUUG